GUGAGACUGGAGGGCUGUUUAAUUUCUAGGUUAUUGGCCACACUUACUGCAUGUAGUUGUCGUUUGGACCCGCUGGUUAUUUCAUGAUCUGAUUUUUGCAUUUCAAUUCAUUCCAAUUCGUGCUAUGAAUGACAAACUUAGUAUUCUUUACAAAGAAGCUGCUUACUUAGUUUGCUUAGUGAAAGGGCAAGUUUGUCGAUUAAAAACUGGUCUGUAUACUCACAAUUUUACAAGCGAUCUACGUAAAAUCUAUGCAUUAGCAUCAAAAACUCUUAGUUCCUAUGAAAUAUUGUUGCAAACCGUGAAAAAAGCCAAUCUUCAACCAACAAUCAAAAUUAAACAUCUGUCUUCAAAAAAACAAUCAAAUAAGAACAGUAAUGAUAAUGAUGAUGUAAAUUCUUGUUCUCAUUGUCAUCUACUUGUAUUAAUUCAUGAUCUUCUCAAAGGAAAGAAAACAUCGCACAUUUUUCUUCUCUCACAAAUUCAUGAAUUAACCAAAGAUGCUGUAGCUGCAAAAAAACUUCGUCAUGCCUAUAAAUUAUUAAAUGAUAAACCGGUCAAAUCAUCAACUGAAAAUCGUAAAGAAACUAAAGUUCCAGGACUACUUCCAUGUUAUGCUCGUGUCAAUUUCUUGAAAACCACACUGAUUGAUGUGAUUGCGAAACUUGAAACAUGUGAAUUUGAACAUGUAACUUAUAAUCGAUCAGAAAUUUCUUUUAGAAAAUUUCGUAAAAAAGUCCGUAAACUUAAUCAUGGUCAAUUCAUGCUAGAUUAUCAUCUUCCACAUAUGUUAUUAGUUUUUCCAUCUGGUACUGCUUUACAUGAUUUGGAAUUGUACAAAUCUAAAUGUCUACUUAUUCAAGAUAAGGCUAGUUGUUUCAGUCCGGAAAUUCUUCAACCUGAUCCCAACUCUGAUGUUUUAGAUGCAUGCGCUGCUCCAGGAAAUAAAACAUUACAAUUAAUUUCAAUGUUGUCCAAUAAAUCCACUGUUUUUGCAUUCGAUCGUGAUCCAAACAGAUUUCGACAGCUUACUGAAAAUCUCAUCGCCAACGGAGUAGAACGUCUUGCCAUAAUGGAUAGUUGGUCUAAUAGUAAUUCAACUAAACAAAAUCAUAAACGCCGAAAAUCAAUUCAAUGUUCACAGCCAUUUGUUGAAGCGUAUUGUGCCGAUUUCUUAUCUGUCGAUCCAUAUGAUCCGAAAUUUUCCAAUGUCCAAUCGAUUCUUAUUGAUCCUUCAUGUAGUGGUUCCGGUUUGUCGAUUCGUCAACCAGAUGGUGAAUCAGUGGAAAAAUUCACAUUGAACAAAAAUGGUGAUUCUCAUCCAGAUCAAUAUUAUUAUAAUUAUAAUGAAGAGUAUGCAGCACGUUUAAAACGAUUGUCCAAUUUUCAAGUGAUGUUAUUAAAACAUGCAUUGAAAUUUCCAAAUGUUCAACGUGUUGUUUAUUCCACUUGUUCAAUACAUCCUGAAGAAAAUGAAGCAGUUGUAUGUGAAAUUGCUAAUCAUAUUCAUGAGAAAUUUUAUUUAGACACAAUUUGGCCUAAUUCCACCGAUCAUGAUGAUGAUGAUGCUAACGCUAAACGAACAACACCAGUUUGGAAACAUCGUGGUUUAGCCGAUGCCAAUUAUCAAUGUGAAUCAUGUAUUCGAUCAUCGGAAAAACAAUUAACAAAUGGUUUUUUUGUUGCUUUAUUUGUAAAAUCUACACCGAAAAAUUUAUUGACUACUAAUAAUAAUGAUAAUAAUAACACUGUACCAACUGUAACUACAUCAACGGCACAUGAUAAUUCAUCCCGCAAAUCAGAUAGAACAGCUUCCAUUGUUGUGAAUUGUAAUAACAGUGAAAGUAGCAACACCGAGAAACAAGAGAUUUUUACAUUUAAAAUACGAAAAAAAUGUAGAACUUCAUGAUCUUUGAGUUCAUAUACGUAUCUGUAUAUAUGUAUACAUGUAUACAGUUGUAUAAAUUGUAAUUACCAGUCAUUUUUGAUAGAUCAUUUGUACUUUUGGAGUAUAAA